CGACAGGGCAAGUGUUGCAUUGUCCAGCAUUUUAAAGACAGAAGACCUCAGACGCAAUCUGAUUAUUUUCGUAAUCCUUCAUUUUGACAUGUGGCUGCUUUUGAGACUGCUGCUUUGGGGUUAAUGGACCCAAGAUGAAUUUUGUAUGACAGCCUGCGAGUAGCUAGCCUGUUGGUGCUCUGUCCUGUUAAUACCGCGUCACAGUAACGACAAAAAAGCUAACUUAAGCUAAAUAUGUGACCACUUAAUGCUACCAGGCUACGGUUUAAAGUAAACUUCAGUGGCAAAAUCAGUUGCGAUAGUAGUCUUAAAAUAGCUUGUAUCAUAAUAUCGUUCGAAUCUGUUAAUUUAGCAAUUGUACUUGAUUGUUUAAUAGUGUGGAAAAAUUAAGGUAGCAUUAAGAGGUAAUAUUUUGCGUGUUAAGUUAGCCACUUGAACUUCUUCGCUGUUGCUAGCUAGUUAGCGAAUUUAGCUACAGUACAGCUGCUGACUUAUUUCGGAUUCUUAGUCACUGUCUUGACUGGAAAAAAAUACUAUGGCAAAGGUCCAGGUGUUAAAUGUUGCUGUCCUGGAUAACCCAAGUCCAUUUGGAAACCCAUUUCAAUUUGAGAUAACUUUUGAAUGCAUGGAAGACCUGCCUGAAGAUCUUGAGUGGAAAAUUAUUUACGUUGGCUCAGCUGAAAGUGAGGAAUAUGACCAGAUCCUGGACUCUGUUCUAGUGGGGCCAGUCCCAGCUGGGAGGCAUAUGUUUGUUUUCCAAGCCGAUGCCCCCAACACUGCACUGAUCCCAGAGAGUGAUGCUGUGGGUGUUACAGUCGUCUUAAUCACCUGCACAUACAGAGGACAGGAGUUCAUUCGAAUUGGCUACUAUGUCAACAAUGAAUAUACUGACCCAGAGCUCCGUGAGAAUCCACCCAUUAAACCAGACUAUGGACAACUCCAGAGAAACAUUUUGGCUUCCAAUCCACGUGUAACCAGAUUCCAUAUCAACUGGGAAGGAUGUCCGGAGAAGGUGGAAGAUUCGGAGAAUGUUGAUCCGGCCCCCAACACGAUGACUCCCCCAUCUUGUCCGCUGGGCAAAGCAGCCCCACUUGGAUUGCUACCAGACAACUCCAUGGAUUGCCUGUAGAUAAACUUAAGCUCUUGUAAAUAAAUGACUAUGUUUACAGACUCACACUCUCAGGCAAGUCAAUCCAGUACCUUAGGAGAAGAAAUGGAAGUUGCUGUGGCACAACCAUACAUUAUAGCCAGCAUUUUCUUACCAAAAGGUCACAAGUUGUUUUUUUUGUCCUGUCUCCUUGUUAGUUGAGAUAGUCUGACAAAUCACUAUUGUGUACUAUAAGGAGUGUGUUGUUUCCACACUGCUCGAAAGAGGUACGGUUCCAAACGUGGAAACCAGUCUCGUGUAAGAGGAGAACAUACGUAUCCAUGCCAUUUAAAAAACAUGACUAGAAGGAAGGCUGGUGGAUUAGGUGAGUCUGAAACAGGACUUACCAUUCAAACUCACCACAUCCUAUUUGCUAGUGUUAUGUUCUGUCAGCCUUUUUAAUGCAGCAGUGUUGGUUUUUCAUUGUGUAGCAAGUGAUGCUAACGCCUGCCAGGUACAAUACAAAUAAUUUAGAAAUAGAAAUUUAGAUUUUACCCCAUGUUACUCAGUAAAUCUAAAAAUCAGUAACAACCGAACUAUACAGCACUGUUGGAGAGGUAAAAAAAAAAAAAGUUUAUUUUAUGUCACACUGGUGUACAAGGGGCUGUAUGGUGGAGUUUUAUGAUUCUGUACAUAUCUGUAUUUGUGUUUAUAUACA